CCCACAGGAGCUAGCGUCUCUCUCUAUCUACACAUGGGUUCUCUCUCGUACGUGCUCGCCGGCGUGGUGCUGGCGGCGCUGGCGACCGGCGGCGCGUGCAUCCCCAAGGUGCCGCCGGGGCCCAACGUGACGGCCAACUACAACGGCCAGUGGCUCAACGCCAUGGCCACCUGGUACGGCAAGCCCACAGGCGCCGGGCCCAAAGACAACGGUGGUGCGUGCGGGAUCAAGGACGUGAACCUGCCGCCCUACAGCGCCAUGACGGCCUGCGGCAACGUUCCCAUCUUCAAGGACGGCAGGGGAUGCGGCUCCUGCUACGAGGUCAAGUGCAAUGUGCCGGCGAAGUUGUGCUCGAACAAGCCCAUAACGGUGUUCAUCACGGACAUGAACUACGAGCCGAUCGCGCCGUACCACCUCGACCUCUCCGGCACGGCGUUCGGCCUGAUGGCGCAGCCCGGGAAGGAGCAGCUGCUCCGCAACUGCGGGGAGCUGCAGCUGCAGUUCAGGAGGGUCCGCUGCAAGUUACCGCCGGGCACCAAGAUCACCUUCCACAUCGAGAAGGGAUCAAACCCAAACUACCUGGCCGUGCUCGUCAAGUUCGCCUCCGACGACGGCGACAUCGUGCAGAUGGACCUCCAGGACAAAAUUUCGCCCGAGUGGAAGCCCAUGAAGGAGUCGUGGGGCGCCGUCUGGAGGAUGGACUCCAUCAAGCCACUCAAGGGCCCUUACUCCAUCCGCCUCACCAGCGAGUCCGGCAAGAAGCUUAUUGCCAAGGAUAUUAUCCCCCUCAACUGGAAGCCUGACACCUUCUUGAAAUCCAAUAUCCAGUUCUAGAACAUCGAUCCAUCUAAUUUGAUCAAUCAACCCCCCUCAGAUGAGUAUUACGUAUAGACCUAUAGAAAAAAAGAUAAAUGCAUGUAGCUAGUUUUAUUGAUGUGCCUAUUAUGUCAUGCUUUUGCUUGAGCUAGAAUAUAAUCAAUCGGAUCCAAUGAUUUGUUCCAAUUUAAUGUCAAUGCAUGGUAUCUUGUCUACCAA